ACUAGUGUCUUUAGAUGAGGCACAGUCAUUUGUUUUCCAUUUUAAAUCAUUUUCAAUUUUUAAUUAAUUUAUUUCAUCAAAAUUGAGGGUUUUUCUUCAAUAAGAUGAAGAUGGCCAUCAUACAGCAGAAGCACAGCACAGCAAAAGUGACAAAAGCAACAGCAUUAUUGCUAACUCACCAUUUACAAAGACUUUCCAAGUUUUACGGGACCAAGCUCAGGUUGACAUUCUGUCCGAGGAAUCAGAGAUCACAGAAAAUCAUUACUGCUGUCCUGGUAUAGUUGAUGUGCUUGUGAAGAACUACAUGGGAAUCAUCCCACUGUGGAGCGGAAUGUUACUUGGCGACUUAACACGGUACAAAACACCCACAUCUGCUGCAACAAAUAAAACAAGCAAAUCAAGAGAAACAAACUGCCAUGUGGAGUUGUGGUUUGGCUUGGUAAAAAAGAACAUCUUGGCCAAAAAAAAGUACCUCAGACCAGCAGACUUCAUCACAAAAUUGUAUACAUCUUUACAAGGUCGGUAUGUUGAACAUGUUAUGCAGCAUGGUCUGCCAGACAAACUUCUGGACCAAACUGUCAGAGUUUUGAAUAAACCGGCAGAUGAUCCCAAAGAAAAAUGGAACAAGAGGGAAAGUUCUGCUGGUCAGACAAAGACCAAAUCCAAGUAUUUCAAUCCCCCGAAGAUAUUACCCAAUCCCAGAACUUCCAAAGGCCCAAAAAAACAAAUCACCAAAGCUGAAGAUGAUAACAAUAAUAAAGAAUCACAGUUAACCUUGCUUUGGAAAAAGAGUGAUACAGAAGUUGUAGUAGCAGUUGUUCCGUCACAAAUUAAAGGUCGGAGCAUUGUGAUUCAUCAUUCUGACUUGUGCACUCUUCGACCACAUCAAUGGUUGACAGGGGAGAUCAUUGAAAGCCUUCUGCAUGUGGCUGCCCAUGCAUUGGGAGUCAUGGACACCUUCUACAUCCUGAAUCACUACUCAGCUGGUGUGAUUUUGUUCGGGGACAGAACUGAGCUUCCUAGACAAAGUUUACCAAAGGUAAACUUUGACAACUAUGAAGCAGUUCUGUCAUUUGUCCUUGUGAACAACAAUCACUGGAAGUUGCUGUACAUCAAUGCAGAAGCCAGAACUGUAUUCCUAAUAGAUCCUGCACAAGUAUCAUCUGAGCUUGUGGACUCCCAAAAGGCAGCUAAAAGAAUACAAGAAUACUUCAAAAUGAGAAGGACAUGCCAUGGAAAAACAGACUGGGUUGGGAUCCAAUGGAAAGGGGGGACAAUGCGCCACCCUAUUCAACAAGACGGAAGCAGCUGUGGAGUUAUUGUAGUCAAAAUGGCAAAAGCACUGAUGGAAGCCUUCCCUCUGAUGCCAGAUGUAGAUUUUGACACAACAAAAAAGGCAAUGAAAAGUGAAAGAAGAACUCUCGCUCUUCAAAUCCUUGAUGCAUCAGUAUUUGAUGACCACUGUUGGUGUGCGAUGUGCGCUGCAUACAAAGCCCCGGGGUCUGGCCCUGGAAUGACAGACUGGGUGAGAAAUCAAGAGUUGUCAAUGUAAAAUUCAGAAUUAGACACAGGAAAUGACUCUUGGGAGCCAUGAAAUGUUUUAUAUAAUAAAUGACAAGCAAUUAAACACCAAACUGUGUGACAGGAGAUGAGUAAGUUCAAUACUGCUAAACAUGUAUAUUUUCUUGUAUUUGUGAACAGAUCCAGUGUGACAACUGUGACUGAUGGUACCAUGCCCUGUGCAUAAAUAUGAAGAGCACAGAAUUUCAAAAGAAAAAAACAGGCAGUUGGAAAUGUGUAUUGUGUAGUUAAUCUGAAAACUAGAAACUGUGUUCAUUAUUGUUCGAAAUAUGUUUUGAAAAUAUCUGUGGAAAAUGAAAAUGUAAUAUGUUUGUGUGGCAUUGAUGCUAUGUGUGAUGUAUAAAGUGUACUGGAAUCAUUUCAAAUUGAUAAGUAAUUUUAUGACGUUAUCUGAAAGCUAUUGAGCAACAAUCUUAAACUUUAAGGAAAAGAUUCCUAAAAAUUACAAAAUAAAAACAUAAAACAUAAAUAAAUGUCUGUGCCUCAUCUAAAGACACUAGUAUAAUUAUUUCAAAGUGAUUUUGAGUCAAUAGGUCACAUGACCUGGAAGCUAUUGAAGAAAAA